AUGACCGCUGCUGGUCCCCUCUUACUGGCUGUGAUUUGGUCCCUCCUGCGGCUCGCGCGGGCCUUCGACCCGGCUCCCAGCGCCUGCUCGGCCCUGGCCUCCGGCGUGCUCUACGGCUCCUUCUCGCUCAAGGACCUCUUCCCCACCAUCGCCUCGGGCUGCUCGUGGACGCUGGAGAACCCCGACCCCACCAAGUACUCGCUGUACCUGCGCUUCAACCGCGAGGAGCAGGUCUGCACCCACUUCUCGCCCAUGGUGCUGCCGCUCGACCACUACCUGGCCAACUACAGCUGCGAGCCCCGCGGCGAGGCGGGCAGCCCGGCGCCGCGCCGCGCCGGCCAGGAGGAGGAGGAGGAGGAGGAAGGCGAGCUGGAGCUGUGCGAGGCCGCGGGGCCCUUCACCUUCCUGCACUUCGAUAAGAACUUCGUGCAGCUGUGCCUGGCGGCGGAGCCCGCGGCCGCCCCGCGCCUCCUGGCCCCGCAGGCGCUCGAGUUCCGCUUCGUGGAGGUGCUGCUCAUCAACAACAACAACUCGAGCCAGUUCACGUGCAGCGUGCUGUGCCGCUGGCUCGAGGAGUGCCUGCAGGCGCCCGGCGCCCGCCGCUGCGCCCUGGCGCACGGCGGCUGCAGCUGCCAGGGGGCCGACGAGCUCUACGCGCCCCAGGGCGAGCGCGGCGAUGGGGCCGAGGAGAACCAGAAGGUGAAAACCCAGUGGCCCCGCUCGGCAGACGAGCCCGGCAUCUACAUGGCCCAGACAGGGGACCCGGCGGCCGAGGAGUGGUCGCAGUGGAGCGUGUGCUCGCUGACGUGCGGGCAGGGCUCGCAGGUGCGCACGCGCUCCUGCGUCUCCUCGCCCUACGGGACGCUGUGCAGCGGGCUGCUGCGCGAGACGCGCGCCUGCAACAACACGGCCACCUGCCCAGUGGAGGGCCAGUGGCUGGAGUGGGGCGCGUGGAGCCGCUGCUCCGUGAGCUGCUCCAACGGCACGCAGCAGCGCACGCGCAAGUGCAGCGUGGCGGCCCACGGCUGGGCCGAGUGCCGCGGGGCGCACGCCGACGCCAGGGAGUGCUCCAACCCCGCAUGCCCCACCGACAGCAAGUGGGGCCCCUGGAACCACUGGAGCCUCUGCUCCAAGACGUGCGACACGGGCUGGCAGCGGCGCUUCCGCAUGUGCCAGGGCACCGGCGUGCAGGGCUACCCCUGCGAGGGCACCGGCGAGGAGGUGAAGACGUGCAACGAGAAGAAGUGCCCAGCCUACCACGAGAUGUGCAAGGACGAGUACGUGAUGCUGAUGACGUGGAAGAAAACGGCCGCCGGGGACGUCAUCUACAACAAGUGUCCCCCCAAUGCCACCGGGUCCGCGAGCCGCCGGUGCCUGCUCAGCGCCCAGGGGGUGGCCUAUUGGGGGCUGCCCAGCUUCGCCCGCUGCGUCUCCCACGAGUACCGAUACUUGCAUCUCUCACUGCGGGAGCACCUGGCCAAGGGGCAGCGGGUGCUGGCGGGCGAGGGCAUGUCGCAGGUGGUGCGCAGCCUGCUCGAGCUGGUGGCCCGCAGGACCUACUACAGCGGGGACUUGCUCUUCUCCGUGGAGAUCCUGCGCAACGUCACCGACACCUUCAAGAGGGCCACCUACACCCCCUCGGCCGAGGACGUGCAGCGCUUCUUCCAGGUGGUGAGCUACAUGGUGGAUGCCGAGAACCGGGACAAGUGGGAGGACGCACAGCAGGUCUCGCCCGGCUCCGUGCACCUCAUGAAGGUGGUGGAGGACUUCAUCCACCUGGUGGGUGACGCGCUCAAGGCCUUCCAGAGCUCCCUCAUCGUCACCGACAACUUGGUGAUCAGCAUCCAGAGGGAGCCCGUCUCGGCCGUCUCCAGCGACAUCAACUUCCCCAUGAAGGGGCGGCGGGGCAUGAAGGACUGGGCGCGCAACUCCGAGGACAAGCUCUUCAUCCCCAAGGAGGUGCUGAGCCUCUCCUCGGCCGAGAUGGACGAGUCGUCCCACUUCGUCAUCGGGGCCGUGCUGUACCGCACGCUGGGGCUCAUCCUGCCGCCGCCCAGGACGCCCCUGGCCGUCACCUCCAAGGUGCUCAUGGUGACGGUGCGGCCGCCCACCAAGCCCGCGGCGCCCCUCGUCCUGGUGGAGCUGUCCCACGUCGUCAACGGCACGUCCCACCCGCAGUGCGUCGCCUGGGACUACUCAAGGACGGAUGCUGGCUUGGGAAACUGGGACACGGAGAGCUGCCAAACCCUGGAGACCCUCCCGGCACACACCAAAUGCCAGUGCCGCCAGCUCUCCACCUUCGCCGUCCUCGCCCAGCUGCCCAGGGACCUGGCCAUGGACCCGUCGGGCACCCCGUCGGUGCCGCUGGUGAUCGGCUGCGCCGUGUCCUGCGUGGCCCUGCUGACGCUGCUGGUCAUCUACGCUGCCUUCUGGAGGUUCAUCAAGUCGGAGCGCUCCAUCAUCCUGCUCAACUUCUGCCUCUCCAUCCUGGCCUCCAACGUCCUCAUCCUCGUGGGCCAGUCCCAGAUGCUCAGCAAGGGUGUGUGCACCAUGACGGCCGCCUUCCUGCACUUCUUCUUCCUCUCGUCCUUCUGCUGGGUGCUCACAGAGGCCUGGCAGUCCUACCUGGCCGUCAUCGGGCGCAUCCGGGCGCGCCUGGUCCGCAAGCGCUUCCUCUGCUUGGGCUGGGGUCUGCCGGCCCUCGUGGUCGCCGUCUCCGUGGGCUUCACGCGCACCAAGGGCUACGGGACGGCGAGCUACUGCUGGCUCUCGCUCGAGGGCGGUUUGCUCUACGCCUUCGUGGGACCCGCCGCCGUCAUCGUCCUCGUGAACAUGCUGGUGGGCAUCAUCGUCUUCAACAAGCUCAUGGCCCGGGACGGCAUUUCAGAUAAGUCCAAAAAGCAGCGAGCCGGGCCGGAGCCGCCGCCGUGCGGCAGCCUGCUGCUGAAAUGCACCAAGUGCGGCGUGGUGUCCAGCGCCGCCGGGACCUCGGCCACCGCCAGCAACGCCAUGGCAUCGCUGUGGAGCUCCUGCGUGGUCCUGCCCCUGCUGGCGCUGACCUGGAUGUCGGCCGUGCUCGCCAUGACCGACCGGCGCUCCAUCCUCUUCCAGGUCCUCUUCGCCGUCUUCAACUCCGUCCAGGGCUUCGUCAUCAUCACCGUGCACGGCUUCCUGCGCCGCGAGGUCCAGGACGUGGUGAAGUGCCAGGUGGGGGGGUGCAGGAGCGAGGAGAACGAAAACUCGCCCGACUCCUGCAAGAACGGGCAGGUGCAGAUCCUGACAGAUUUUGAAAAGGACGUUGACCUGGCGUGCCAGACAGUGCUCUUCAAGGAGGUGAGCACCUGCAACCCCGCCACCAUCACGGGCACCUUGUCCCGCAUCUCGCUGGACGGCGACGAAGAGCCCAAGCUGAGCAGCAGCUCCGAGGGCGCCCUCGGCUUCUCCAGCCUGCCCGGCAACAUCCCGCCGCCCUCCAGCAUCCUGGUGCAGGUGCCCACCAUGACGCCCAACGUGGUGGCCGGCUUGGGCGAGCUCGCCGAGGCGCCGGCCAAGAGUGCCGGCCUGGAGGCGCAGGGCCCCGUGUACCUGUGCCCGGAGGGCACCCUGCGCCCGGCGGAGUACGGCUGGCUGCAGGAAUCGCCGCUCGAGAGCGACUACAUGGUGCUGCCGCGGCGCUCGGGCAGCCUCAAGCCCUUCCAGCGCGACGAGAGCCAGCGGAGCGCCGGCGCCGAGGACGGGCCGGGCGGCACGGGGCGGCCCGGCGCCGACGGGGACGCCUACCCGGGCUUCGUGGCGGUGGAGCACGUGGCCGCCAGCCUGAGCCAGCCCUACGGGACGCUCAAGCGCCCUUACGGCCUCCAGUUCAAGCAGCACCCCAGCGUGCGGCAGAUCCUGGCCUCAGAGCUCUCGGAGCGCAGCCGCACCAUGCCCCGCACCGUGCCCGGCUCCACCAUGAAAGUGGGGUCCCUGGAGAGGAAGCGGUUACGAUACUCCGACCUGGAUUUCGAGAAGGUGAUGCACACACGGAAGCGGCACUCCGAGCUCUACCACGAGCUCAACCAGAAGUUCCACACGCUCGACCGGUACCGGGCGCCGGCCACUGGUGCCUCCAAGCGAGAGAAGCGGUGGAGCGUCUCGUCGGGCGGCGGCGAGAAGAGCGCAGCCGGCGACGCGGGCGGCCCCGAGGAGCCGCCGCCGAAGCCCUGGAGCGCCUUCAAGGCCAUGACGCUGGGCGCGCUGCCCAGCGGCCCGCGCGAGCGGCUCGAGCUGCGCCGCGCCGCCUGGGAUGGCGCCAACGGCGCCGACGGCGACUUCCAGACGGAGGUGUGA